UGUUCUGUGCCAAGGUCUUUGUGGCUAGGCUGCUCCAACCUGGUAGAGAGCAUGUGCGCACUGAGAUGCCUGCAGAGCAUGCCCAGUGUCAGAUGUCUCCAGAACACGUCAGUAAUGGAGGAUCAGAAUGAAGAUGAGUCUCCAAAGAAAAAUACCCUAUGGCAGAUAAGUAAUGGAACUUCAUCUGUGAUUGUCUCAAGAAAAAGACCAUCGGAAGGAAACUACGAAAAGGAAAAAGACUUGUGUAUUAAAUAUUUUGACCAGUGGUCUGAAUCAGAUCAAGUUGAAUUUGUGGAACACCUUAUUUCACGAAUGUGUCACUAUCAGCAUGGACAUAUUAACUCUUACUUGAAGCCCAUGUUACAACGGGACUUCAUCACUGCGUUACCAGAGCAAGGCUUAGAUCACAUAGCAGAAAACAUCCUCUCCUACCUUGACGCCAGGUCGCUGUGCGCGGCGGAGCUGGUGUGUAAGGAAUGGCAGAGGGUCAUCUCGGAGGGAAUGCUGUGGAAGAAACUCAUCGAGAGGAUGGUACGCACCGACCCGCUGUGGAAGGGGCUGUCAGAAAGAAGGGGUUGGGAUCAAUACCUGUUUAAAAACAGACCAACAGACGGCCCCCCAAAUUCAUUUUACAGGUCCUUAUACCCAAAGAUAAUACAGGAUAUAGAGACUAUAGAAUCCAACUGGCGAUGCGGGCGACACAACCUGCAGAGGAUUCAGUGCCGCUCCGAAAACAGCAAAGGUGUCUACUGUUUACAGUACGAUGAUGAGAAGAUCAUCAGUGGCCUACGAGAUAACUCCAUCAAGAUUUGGGACAAAACAAGCUUGGAAUGUUUGAAAGUAUUAACAGGACACACUGGCUCGGUUCUUUGUCUGCAGUACGAUGAAAGAGUCAUUGUAACUGGAUCGUCAGACUCCACAGUGAGAGUCUGGGAUGUAAAUACAGGUGAAGUCCUGAACACGUUGAUCCAUCACAACGAGGCGGUGCUUCAUUUGAGGUUCAGUAACGGCUUGAUGGUGACGUGCUCCAAGGACAGAUCCAUCGCCGUCUGGGACAUGGCAUCCCCUACGGACAUCACCCUGCGCCGCGUCUUGGUUGGCCAUCGUGCUGCCGUUAACGUGGUGGACUUCGAUGACAAGUACAUCGUGUCGGCGUCAGGUGACAGGACCAUUAAAGUCUGGAGCACAAGUACGUGCGAGUUUGUUCGGACUCUGAACGGGCACAAGCGUGGCAUCGCCUGCCUCCAGUACAGGGAUCGGCUGGUGGUCAGCGGCUCUUCGGACAACACCAUCAGGCUAUGGGACAUUGAGUGCGGUGCCUGUUUAAGGGUAUUAGAAGGCCACGAAGAACUGGUUCGAUGCAUCAGGUUCGACAACAAGAGGAUUGUUAGUGGAGCCUACGAUGGCAAAAUUAAAGUUUGGGACUUGCAAGCUGCUCUUGACCCUCGUGCCCCAGCAAGUACAUUAUGCUUGCGUACGUUAGUGGAACAUUCGGGACGUGUCUUCAGACUCCAGUUUGAUGAAUUUCAGAUCAUUAGCAGUUCCCACGACGAUACAAUUCUCAUUUGGGAUUUCCUAAACGUGCCACCCAGUGCCCAGAACGAGACCCGCUCUCCGUCUAGAACAUACACCUACAUCUCCAGAUAACAGUCUGCACUUUACUGCCCUCAGAAGGGUUUCACAGUCUUGAACUACUGGAUUUUUUUGGCUACUACACGCCUGAAGAUGUUGAUUGACAGCUAAAGUCAGAAUUGGUUCUAGAUGCUGUGUUAGAUGCAAAGCAGCACAAUUCUAUAUCUAAAUUUCUUAAUCUUUUCCUGCUCUCAGUGGUCGUCUUUGAAUUUACUCCAAAUUCACUGACUUCGAGUAGAUGAAUUUCAGAAGCCUGUCCUUCCCUGCAAUGAGAAAUCCAAAGCUUCACAUGUAAAUUGUCCGUAGAAACUGAACUCUGAUGGCUUGUUUUUCAGAAAUAAAUCAGAAGUCAAGAAAGGACUUGGCCUAAUUUAUAUUGCUUUGCACUUUUGUCUGACUUUAAAGAAAAACAAACAAACAACAAAAAACAAACGUUCUCCAAUGAAAUUUGGGUGCCAAACACAUACCCAGAAUGUACAGAGCUUUGCUUUCAAAAGUCACCGUUGUCCUUUAGACUUUACUCUCAUGACAGAUUCAGAGCCUGUUGCGUUCGGUAGGAGUGUACGUUGGACUCUUAGAAAUAUUUCUGAAUUGCUCAGUAAUAUUUUCUUCAUUUUGUUUUUUUUUUUUUUUUUUGGAUUUACAGUUUACUUGUUUCUGCACCAAUAAUUUCUUUUAAAUUAAAGAUUUUACCUUGUAAUUCAGGCUAGGUUAUCUGAACUAGUUGUAUAGCACUGUCUGUUGGGUUUUUUUUUUCCCUUUUCCCUGUACUCCAGCCGUCCUUCGCUUCCUAAUGUCCGGUAGAGUAAAACCCCCCCACGUGUGCUUGCCUCAUUUCCAAUACUGUAUCAGCAUGUAGAUAUAAUGUACAUAACAGUCACACCUCCAGCUGCUGGGGGUCAGGAUCUCCUGACACGAACACACUAAAGACGAAUCGUGGUAGCACUUGGCAGCAGGAUGUUCUAACUACUGGCACUGGAGGGGUUAACAGGAGUUACCGAGACGUUUUUGUGUUGGUUUUUUUUUUUCUCUCUGCAAAAAGGAGGUUUUUUCAGUAUUCGUUAGGAUUUUUUUUUUUUUUUUAAUGGGAACUACAUAUUUUAAAAAUGUAAUUUCUAAACUUUUUAAAAAAAAAAUUAAAAAAAAAAAUACUGUUUAAUUUAUGUUCUGUAUCUUAUAUUUUUGUGGCGCAGUAUUUCCGGAUGUCUCUCUGUUGACACCGGCAGGUCCCUCACGGCCGCCUGCCGAUGUCCUUCCUGCUCGAUGGAGAAGAUGCCAUGGGCCAAAGUUACAAUUUAUUUAUGUGUUAACUCUUCCUUACGGUGGAGCGCAGGUUCCCUUCCAGUCAACGCUCUGGUUACCAUGCUCAUUAACCAUGCUAAUUACCCUGCUAGUGAUGUUUUUUCCCCCGUAGCUGUUGGCCGUGACCACGUUACGAUGUCCAGGUCACGGUCCCUCUUCGUUAGGGAGUCUCAGUGGUUUCUUCUUGUGUUGGCAUGGCCUCCCCUCUAAUUUAUGUGGCCAUAUAAACACCGCUGCAUUUUUCCUGGGUCGGAGUAAGACAGGGAUAAGUGCCACGGUGACAGUUUUGGCCACGUGUGACUACGCCCGUCGGUGGCUUUUCCUUCCUGCUGCGCCCGAGCUCAGCGGGAAACGGGCCCCUUUUCCUGGGAAAGAUGCUGCUCAGAAAUGUGUUGCCUGUUCCUUUGAUCCUUUGUAUGUCCUGUAUUAUUUUUUUUAUUUUUUUUAUUUUUUUUGGGUCCUCCGGCAGCGCUUUGGGUUUGUGUUUUUUCCCUUCUGCCAUGAGGAGGGGUAGGGGAUGUCGGGUGGCCGAGGGGUGGCCCUGGAGGGACCCUGCAGCGUUUCAGAGCAGAGUAGGUGGAGGUGUCACCAAACCCCCAUGUGGGUGAGGCUGAAGGCUCUCUCCUCUUCACCCUUCAGACAGAGAGAGGUGUCGGGAUCAGUGUUUUAAGUUAAACUCCCAUUUCCGUGUUACUCCUACGAUAUUUAUUUCGUCGAGAUGAGCGAAUGUGAUGAAGUACAGAAGAUUAAAAACAGGCUCCCAAGCGUCCAUAAGAUCAUUUUUAAGAUCUUUUUUUUUUUUUUGGUAAGCUUGACAGUAGUUCGUGAAAAGUGUCUUACUUUACCCUUCUCAUCUAAUAGCUUUAAUAUUAAACUGUUUAAAAAGAAUUAAAAAAAAUAAUCUGUCGCAGCCCUGAAGAAAAAAAGGUAUUUGUUUCCGAAGAACGGAGUCCUAAUUUUUUUUUUUUUUUAAAAAUGCAUGUGUAAGAUUUAAAUUCCUGGUUUUUUUCUUUCCUUGGGAGAUAAUGAUAUUUGAACAUGCAGUCUCAACUUCUUUGUGCUUUGUGUAACAUAGCAGUGGACUUUUGUGAUUGGCACCCAAGGAACUCGACUCCUGGGAUUAAUGGUAGUGAUCCUGGCUGCACUCUGGACUUCGUUUCGCUGACCAUAAUUGAGCAAGUGUACAUUACUGCUAUAUUAAUGUUUCCAAGCACUGGGAUAGUCUAAUUCUAACUUGUAAUUAUGUUUGCCAAUUAUCUGUUUGGAAAGUUGGUGUAUGAACAGCUUCUUGAAAACUGUUAAAUUGUACAGAAUAUCGUUCAUGAUCUAAAGCUUUGUACUGUGGAAUGUGCUUAA